AUGUUUGUUCGGCCUCUACGAAACGGUGUAAAAGGUUUCUACGAGAAAUUAAGUAGGCGAUGGAUAUCCUCCUCCCAAUUGACGGUGGAAUUGACCAAGGACACCUCGCGAUUUGACAGUCGACCGACCAAAGAGGAGCUUUUAUUUGGCACCACCAUGUCGGAUCACAUGCUAAUGAUUGAAUGGGAAACAACUAAUGGGUGGGGUACCCCAAAGAUUGCACCGUACCAAAAUCUUAGUAUCAGCCCAGCAGCUACAAGUCUCCAUUACGGGCUCCAAUGCUUUGAAGGAAUGAAGGCAUACAAGUCCCUCGACGGUGAUGAAUCGCUUCGAUUGUUCCGCCCCAACAAGAACAUGGAACGCCUAUCAAAUUCCAUGGAUCGUUUGCACAUGCCUGGGGCAGACUUUGACCGGAAAGAAUUGGAAAAGUGCAUUGCGGAACUCGUCAAAAUUGAUGAGAAAUGGAUUCCGUCGGGGGAAGGAUAUUCACUGUACAUACGGCCCACAUGUAUUGCAACGCAUCCAUUCUUGGGUUUAGCAUCCCCUACCAGCCUUCUCAUGUACGUCAUUACCAGUCCCGUCGGUCCCUACUACAAGAGUGGCUUUGAUCCUAUUCGUUUGACGGCGGAUACCAGCUACGUCCGCGCCUGGCCAGGAGGAACGGGGAAUUCCAAGGUUGGAGGCAACUAUGCUCCAACCAUGAAGCCAGCCGCUGAAGCGACAGAGUCUGGCUAUUCACAAGUCUUGUGGUUAUUUGGGGAGAAUCGUGAAGUGACAGAAGUUGGAUCUAUGAACUUGUUCUUUCUGAUAAAAGACAAGGUAACAGGGAAGCCAGAAUUGGUCACUCCUCCAUUGACACGAGGUGAUAUUUUGCCAGGUGUCACUCGGGAUAGCAUCCUUCAUUUGGCCAUGACUUGGGGUGACGUGGACGUAUCAGAAAGAUUUCCCGAGAUGGCCGAGAUUCAAGAAGCUGCAAAUGAUGGUCGGCUGAUAGAAGCCUUCGGUGCAGGUACUGCAGCUGUAGUAACGCCUAUUUCCUGCAUCAAAUACAACGGUGAAGAUAUUGAAAUUCCGGCGGUGGGUAGUGUUACGCAAAGAGUCUGGGAUGAGAUCACUGGCAUUCAAUACGGCAAAAUUGAAGGCCCAGAAGGAUGGAGUGUCGUGCUAUAA